CAAAAUACAACAGAACUCAUACUGUUCUCACUCUCUCUCCGUUCAUAACUACCACUUCUCAGCCUGUAUCGUCUCCUCUGCUGCUAUGGACACGGCGGCUCCACAGCUCGUCUACGGCGGAAUCGAGCCUAGUCGCCGCUUCAUCUCACCUUCACCUAAUAGAAUUAAUGUUCCAGUUCGAAAACGAGUUAACCGUGUUUUCGCUAUCGCAACCGAACCGAAACCUACUCAAACCGGACCGUCUAAAUCAUCGUCAACGGAGAAUCUCAACGGAUCGACUAGGUCAAUUCCGUCUUCAAAUAAUAUUAACGGCAAAACUGUUAACGGAGUUUCAUCGUCAUCAUCGAGAUCCUCGGCUACUCCGUUGAAACCAGUCAACGGAGUAGCCUCUACAAGUUUCGGAGAAGUGUCGCAGGAAAUCAAAAGAGUGAGGGCACAAAUGGAAGAAAAUGAACAAUUGUCGAUACUAAUGAAAGGCUUACGUGGACAAAAUUUAAGAGAUUCUCAGUUUGCUGAUGAUAAUAUUAAGCUUCGCUUGGUUGAGGUUGAUGAAAGCAGUGAAUUUUUGCCAACUGUAUAUGAUCCAGCCACCAUUGCGACUUACUGGGGAAAUCGACCACGUGCUGUUGCUACGAGAAUUGUUCAGUUACUUUCAGUUGCUGGGGGUUUUCUCUCACGUAUUGCUUUGGAUAUUAUUAACAAGAAGGUUAAAGAGAAUGAAGUUACUAGAGCCAUUGAAUUGAGGGAAAUUGUAACUUCUUUGGGUCCAGCAUAUAUUAAACUUGGUCAAGCAUUGAGUAUUCGACCAGAUAUAUUAUCACCCAGUGCAAUGACUGAGCUUCAAAAACUUUGUGAUAAGGUUCCUUCAUUUCCAGAUGAUAUAGCAAUGGCUCUCAUUGAAGAGGAGUUUGGUCAGCCAUGGCAUGAAAUCUAUUCUGAGCUUUCUUCUUCUCCAAUUGCUGCUGCAUCGCUCGGACAGGUAUAUAAGGGUCGCCUAAAAGAAAAUGGGGAUUUGGUAGCUGUCAAAGUUCAGAGGCCUUUUGUUCUUGAAACAGUAACAGUUGAUCUGUUCAUUAUACGGAAUUUGGGUUUGUUUCUCCGCAAAUUUCCUCAGAUCUCUGUAGAUGUUGUUGGAUUGGUUGAUGAAUGGGCAGCUCGUUUUUUUGAGGAACUUGAUUAUGUCAAUGAAGGUCAAAAUGGAACUAUAUUUGCUGAAAUGAUGAAGAAGGACCUUCCACAGGUUGUUGUACCAAAGACCUAUGAAAAGCAUACUACGAGAAAGGUUCUUACUACAGGAUGGAUUGACGGAGAAAAACUUUCACAAAGUACAGAAAGUGAUGUUGGAGACUUGGUCAAUGUGGGGGUUAUAUGCUACUUGAAGCAGUUGCUAGAUACUGGAUUUUUCCAUGCUGAUCCUCAUCCUGGCAACCUAAUCCGCACUCCAGACGGGAAGCUAGCCAUCCUUGACUUUGGUCUAGUCACAAAAUUAACAGAUGAUCAGAAAUAUGGAAUGAUUGAAGCUAUUGCCCACCUCAUACAUCGGGAUUAUGGCGCUAUUGUCAAAGAUUUUGUCAAACUUGGUUUCAUUCCCGAGGGAGUUAAUUUGGAACCUAUCUUGCCAGUCCUGGCCAAAGUUUUUGAUCAAGCACUUGAAGGUGGAGGAGCAAAAAAUAUUAACUUUCAGGAGCUAGCAUCUGAUCUUGCACAAAUAACAUUUGAUUAUCCAUUUAGGAUACCCCCAUAUUUUGCUCUCAUAAUUAGGGCAAUAGGUGUGCUAGAAGGUAUAGCUUUGGUGGGAAAUUCUGAAUUUGCUAUCGUAGAUGAGGCGUAUCCCUAUAUAGCCCAGAGGCUUCUCACCGAUGAGUCCCCUCGUCUAAGGAGUGCUUUAAGAUAUACAAUUUAUGGGAAAUCUGGUGUUUUUAAUGCUGAAAGAUUCAUUGAUGUCAUGCAAGCCUUUGAGAAUUUCAUCACAGCAGCAAAAAGUGGAGGUGGAGAAAGUUUGAAUGGCAAUAUGGCUGAGCUUGGGAUUCUCCAAACUCAAACAGGCUUCAAUUUCCCCAGUUUUGCGCCAACUGCAAAUCAGCCUAGUCAGCCAAUUCAAACAAGGGCGGCUCUAGGAUUUCUGCUUUCAGAGAAGGGCAAUUUUUUCCGAGAGUUUCUUCUGGAUGAGAUUGUAAAGGGAAUCGAUGCUGUUACAAGGGAGCAGCUUGUAAGAAUUCUAGCAAUCCUUGGCGUUGGAAAUGGUCCCCCGGUUUUCAGUAUGGUACCUGGACCAUUUAGGCCUGCAGGUCUUCUCCCAACAAUAACAGAAGAGGACACAAUUAUUUUAAAUAAUGUUCAAAAGAUCAUCGACUUCUUAACUGCCGGAAGUUCUAUGUCAAGGACAUCACCUCAGGAUACAAGUGUUGCUCGGAUCAUACAAGAGUUUCUUCCAAUUUUGCCAGGUAUCUCAGCCAAAGUGCUUCCCGAGGUGCUCUCACGGCUUUCAUCUCGGGUAGCAGCACGUAUAAUCAGAGAUACAUUUUUGUAGAUAUGAUUAUUUACUUCAUACUGAUCAAAGUCCCUUAACUGUGCAUAGAUUUGUUGUAUACAGGCUACCGCCCACAUAUAAAUGUAAUCCUCGCAUCCUUUUCUCA